AUGGGUAUUAAUAAUCCGAUUCCAAGGAGUUUGAGGAGUGAAUCAAAAAAAGCAGCAAAAGUCUUAUCAUCUUUUAUCAAACCAAACCAGCUUGCAGGGCCCGAUGAAAUAAUCCCACCUAGAAUAUUAAAGAAUGCCAAGGGUUUGGCUGUAAUAACGGUUUUGAAAGCAGGGUUUCUUUUUUCGGGAAGAGCAGGCUCAGGAGUUGUUGUUGCACGUUUACCAGAUGGACAAUGGUCAGCACCCUCCGCUAUAAUGACUGCGGGUGCAGGAAUGGGUGGUAUGGUUGGUGCUGAAUUGACCGAUUUUGUGUUUGUCUUGAACACAAAAGCAGCAGUAGAUUCUUUUGCACAGUUGGGUUCGGUCACUUUGGGAACAAACGUAUCGGUUGCCGUUGGACCACUAGGUAGAAGUGCAGAGGCAGCUGGUACAGCCUCUUUAAGUUCAGUUUCGGCAAUUUUUGCUUAUUCCAAGACAAAAGGUUUGUAUGCUGGUAUCUCGCUCGAAGGAUCAGCAAUUAUGGAAAGAAGAGAUGCAAACAGAAAGUUCUAUGGUGAGGAUAUCAAGGCUAGGGAUAUUCUAGCCGGUCGAGUGGAACCACCUCCAGCGUGCGAUUCUCUUUUGAGGGUCUUGGAAUCGCGAGUAUUUAAUAAUAGAGAGGAAUGGGACGACGAAGAUUUCUAUAACGACGACUACUAUGAUGAUAUCCCAGACGAGUUUUCCGAUACAACUUCAACUUACUCGUCACCUAGUAGAAGUAGAAGACGUGGUGUAUCGGCUGUGGGUAGACGCUCAAGCCGCAGAAGAAGGCAAUCAGAUAACUACUAUUCAGAUGAAGAAGAUGAUUAUUCAGAUGAGAGUGAUGAUUAUGGUGGAAGAAAUAGAAGAAGACCUAGUACACGAGCAACAUCAACGAGAGGCUCCAGUGCAGGAGGCUACUCAAAGUCGAAACAUGAUGCAUCAUGGGAAGACGAUGUAUACGAUUCGGGAUAUAAUGGUAGAUCAAGGGCAAGAGGAAAUAGUGAUGCGUAUGACUCAGGAUACAGUGGAAAUACAAGAGCAAGAGGCAAUAGUGAUGUAUAUGACUCAGGAUAUAAUGGUAAAACAAGAUCAAGAGGGAACAGUGACGUUGAUAGAUUGAAUGCAAGAUUGGGAAAUACAAGGUUGUCACCAAAUAAGGGUAACGGAGCACCUUCUAGACCCCCAACCGCUUCGAAACCAAAUUUUGGUGGGAGUCAAAAAUCAAAAGCCAAUGCAUCUCAGGCUAUUGCUUUAUAUUCUUUUAAAGGUGAACAAAGUGGAGACUUGCCAUUUAAAAAGGGAGAUGUUAUUGAUAUUUUGAAGAGAACGGAAACUGUAGAUGAUUGGUGGACAGGUAGAAAUAACGGAGUAACAGGAAUCUUUCCUGCUAAUUAUGUGGAGUUGAUUUAA